AUGAACGAUCUGUCGCGACGCGCGGAGAGCGAUGCGACGACGAGAGCGCGAACGAUCGGUCGAGAGGAGGAGAGUGAUUUAGGCGCGGAUCGCUUGUUGGUGGACGUGGCGAAUUACGUGUGCGGGUACGAGAUCAAGUCGAGAGACGCGGUGAAGACGUGUCGAUUUGCAAUUUUGGAUUUCAUCGCGUGCGCGUUGCGAGGCUCGUGCGAUCCGUCGUGCGCGAAAUUGUUGGGACCGAUCGUUCCGGGAAUGUCGGUGACGAUCGGUGCGCACGUUCCGGGGACGGAGUACUACGUCGAUCCGGUGACGGCGGCGUUUAAUUCGACGACGUGCGCGCGGUGGUUGGAUUACGGCGACGCGUUUUACGGCGCGGAGUGGACGCAUCCGAGCGAUGUCAUCGGGGCGGUGCUCAGCGUGAGCGAAUACGUGAGUCGAUUACGUAACGAGCGGGGGUUGAGCGUGCUGAGCAUGCGAGACGUGAUUGUGGCCACGAUCAAGGCGUACGAAAUCGUCGGCGUGUUGGCGCUGGAGAACUCCUUCAACCAAAUCGGCGUCGAUCACGGCGUGCUCACCAAGGCCGCGGUCGCGGCCGUGACGACGUCAAUGCUCGGCGGAGGGAGAUUAGAGGUGAUGUACGCCACGUCGCAGGCGUUCAUCGACGGCUCGGGGUUGAGAUGUUUUCGGCACUACCCGUGCGCGGGCACCAGAAAGGGAUGGGCCGCCGGCGACGCCGCGGCUCGGGGCGUGUCGUUGGCGCUGAUGACGAUGCGAGGUGAGAUGGGCUACCUGUGUGCUCUCAGUGCGCCUGUUUGGGGCUUCAACGACGUCUUCUACAGACGCCAAGACAUCGUGCUCAAACGAGAUUUCGGAGAGUUCAUCAUGGAAAACGUUGUCUUCAAGCCGUCGUUCCCGAGCGAGAUCCACGCGCAGACAGCGAUCGAGGCUUCGUUCCGAUUACAUCCGCAGAUCAUUCACCGCGUGGACGAAAUUCACUCCAUUGCAGUUCAUACCACACGUAGCGCGGUUCGAUGCAUCGACAAAACGGGCCCGCUCAGCGGGCCGGCUGAUCGCGAUCACUGUCUGCAGUACGCCGUCGCCGUGGCUCUUCUGUACGGUAACAUGACGUCCGAUCACUACGAAGACUCCGUGGCGAGCGAUCCGAGGGUCGAUGAGCUGCGACGGAAAAUUUUGAUCGCGGAGAAUCCUCAGUACAGCGCCGAUUACGUCGAUCCCGAUCGACGCUCGUGCGCUAACUCGGUUCAGGUGCACUUCAAGGAUCGCACGAGCACAAAUAAGUUUGAGGUGGAGUAUCCCAUCGGACAUCGGCGGAGACGAAUGGACGCCUUUCCAGCCCUGGAAAAGAAAUUCAUUUCGUCACUGCAUAAGAAGUUUCCACCUGAGCGCGCUGGAUUCAUCUUUGAGCGCGUCACCGACGCGCAGGUGUUCGACGCCCUGACGCCGAUGGACUUCAUGGAGUUGUUCAACGCGACGCCGCAUCCCGUGCUUUUACCUCCGAUGCGCGCGGCGCCCGGCGUAUUCGACUACACACCCAUAGAUAAUCGCGCUUCCACACUAGGACUCCGUCUCACGGACGGAAACAGUGCGCGCGCGGUCGAAGCUGAGGCGGUGCAACAACCGUAG